GAAACGCAAUUUAGCGGAGAUUUUAAUUCUCUUUUUAUCCACCUCCGGAGUUGGGAAAUCGCUGUAAGAUAUAUUGAGGGGCGAGAGGCAUGGGGACUUCAUUUAUAAAAGCUUAAUUUCUUCGUCGCCCAGCGGAAAAACGCGCUACAUUGGCUUGGUUUUAGGCCUAACAAGAAAGCGAUAGUGAGAGAAGGCGGCGGGGGGAUUUUGGGGGAUGGAUUUAAGCGUGGUGCCAUACGGCGAGACGGGGAGAAGUAAAGGGGAUGUGGGCGGAGAGCCGAGGGCGGCGUUGGAGCUCUUCGCCCCUGCGGCCGGCGGAGGCGGUGGUGGAGGGAAGUAUAGGGAAUGUUUGAGGAACCAUGCGGCGGCGAUCGGCGGGCAGGCGUUUGACGGGUGCAUGGAGUUCAUGCCGGGAGGUGAGGAAGGGACACUUGAGGCGCUGAAAUGCGCGGCCUGCGGCUGCCACCGGAACUUCCACCGCCGAGGUGGCUUCUCCUCCAGCGAUCCCCGCCGCCCGCUCCUCCUCAAGGCGGCUCCGCUGCCGCCGGCGUUCCUGCCCCCACCGCUGCACCCGAUGCCUUUGCCCUUCCACGCGAUCCACCCUCCUCCACCGCCGCCGCCUCCGCCGCAGCCCCCGGCGUAUCAGGUGGAUCGGAGCAGAGUCGGGUCGGAGACGCCACCGAGGCGUGAGGAGCCGCUGCCGCCGGCGGAGGGGCCGCGCGGGAGCGGCCGGAAGCGGUUCCGAACCAAAUUCACCCAAGAACAGAAGGAGAAGAUGCAAGCGUUCGCGGAGAAGCUGGGGUGGCGGAUCCAGAAGCACGACGACGUCGCGCUCGAGGAGUUCUGCGUCGAGGUCGGCGUCAAGCGUCACGUGCUCAAGGUAUGGAUGCACAACAACAAGAACCACCUAUCCUCCUCCUCCGCCACCUCCGCCACCUCCGCCGCCGCUCCCAACCCCGACGCCACCUCCGGCCCUCCCAUCCGCGUCUAGUCCCACUCCCGCACUCCCCAUAGUCAAAUAAAACCAUCAUAAUGUUUAACAAUAAUGACACCUACCGUUCAACUUCCCUCCCACUUUUUUUUUUCUUUGUUUUUUUGUUUUUAACAAAAAAGAGGAGGAGAGAUCUGGGGAUUUUAAUUUCUUAGACAUGCAUGCGUGGAGACUGGCAACCUCCGGGAGGAGACGUGUAUUUGGGGCAAUUCCAUCCGGAUUUCUUACAAUAGUAAUCGCCUAAAUCACUUUCUCUGCUCCUUAUUUUAAUUUAAUCGAGUUCUCCUAUGUUCUCCUA